CAUCGUCCACUGCUCUUCUGUCAGAGAAUGCGUUACCUGGACUGUCACUGCGGCAACUGAGGGCAGAGGCAGACGCCAUUCUCUCGCCCACGGGACAGAAGCCGCUCACACUGUUCAAAUGCAUUGAUCACGGCGACAACUACGGCAACCCCUUCUCGGUAGUGCAUAGCAAGUACUCGCUGCCCCCAGAUGUCAAUGUGGCUCUGGCGGGUCUGCGUGUGGCGGGUGUCACCCCCACAUCGCCCACAGCACGCGUCCAUGCCAUCACCGGCACCGUGCUCGUGCGCAAUCUGUCCUUUCAAAAGACCGUCUUGGCCAGGUGGACCAUCAACGAUUGGGAAACGUACGAAGACGUGGCAGCUGACUUCUCCGAGCAUCAUGCGCAAGGAGGGUAUGAAACCGAUGCCACAGACGAGUUUGUCUUCAAAUUCGAUGUCAACACCGACAGCCCGGCAGCGGCCCCAGGGAGAGAAGGCGCAGCGCACACGACUACGGGGCCGCUGCAACGCUCGGGAUCCAUUACACACAUUCUGCAAGUGGCUGUGUGCUUUGUAAGCACGCACUCCACUCCCGGUCUGCCGAUAGUCACGAAGGAGUACUGGGACAACAACCGCGGCAGCAACUAUGUACUGGUGCUCAGGUAGCUGAGUGCACGCACAAAACAUUAGUACGUAGUUUGAGGCAACACCAUUUAGUGUUGCAAUGGCAAUGCCCCAUCACCGCGCGUUUCUGAUGCACACCCAAAGGGGGGGCCAUGGGAUGACUAGGCUUUCAUGAGGGUACUUCGGCCAUCGUUGCCAGCGUUAGCCUUGCACUUGUGUCUCAUCGCCCGAAGCAUACGGGUGCAACCAUAGCCGACCUCGCGCACACUGAAGGUAUGCAUUGGCUUGCAUUGAGCUAGUGGUAAGGUCUCAUUGGAGGACGAAGUGAUGGCAGAUGGUGGAUGAGCAAUUCAGUGAAUGGUCACCUCCAGUAGACUUUAGUCAUGUUCACCUUGUUCGUGCAUGAUAGAUCCAGUGGUACGCCUACAGUUACGGGUGAGGAUGUGUCUGCCAAAUGUAGGCCGGCUAUAGACGUCCCAGAAGUGGAAUUAUAAGUACUGGGGGCUUCAGCAUGUAUUGUGCCCUGCGACGGAUAUACAACCCGUUGUAUGGACUACAGGCUACGGACAUUACAUCGAACACAGUUAUGUGGAACAACUUCAAUGCGAACACAGCUAUGGAGAACCCGCUUCGAUGAUAUACGGAUAGUCGUCGAUGCAUAUCGUUUGAACAGCAGUCGCAUCACUUACGAUGGAGUAUCAGUUUACAAUACCUAUAGCCAGCAGACACCACAAUUGCACAGCUGUCACACACAACAGACUUGCAAUCGCAAAUACGCCAAUGCGUGAGAGAGAGUUCAAUCUCGGUGCGUCUGCUUGGCUGAAAGCACACAGUGCAGAGCGCCACUGAUUGCGUCGCACCAAUCAAUCUACUGCGCGCACACACCAUUCUACUACAGACCAUACUUCGGCCCUAAACUAGAAUCCGGAGGCAUACUGUGUUAUGGCGCACAAAUGCUGGACUACUGUGGAGAAUUUUGGGUUAUCAGCGAGCUGAUAUGAAUGGACAUGAUUCAAAUAUCCUCUAGUCCAUGUGAGGCUGAUACCUAGAAGGUGUCCAGAUGGUAUAACAUUUGAACAACAAAAGGGCGGCGUUACAGACGCUGCCAUUGUCGAUGCAUAAAGCAAUAUCAUUAUUGGACAUGAUAAUUGACAGCGAAGUCCUUUAAGGUCGCGAGCGAACGGAAUGCUCUACCAGGUACAGGCGAAAACUAUGGCAACUUUUUUAAAGAUUUCUGAAAAUUGAGAAACAAGUAGGAGGAUAUCAAAUGGUUGGAUGAAGCCAAUUAAAUUUAUGGGUUUUAGUGAAUAACAAGCUGGAGCAUCCGAAGACGAGAUGGGGACUGAAGUCUGAAUGUGCCGAAGGUCAGCGUAUUUUAAAACUAAUUUAGUAAAGUUCACCGUUCUCCUUAUGUACAGGCUUUGUUGAAUUUUUGUUAUAUAUAUAUAAACAAUAAAUCAC